AUGCUAAAUACGUCCCCGAUUAAUAUCGAAAAAUGGCUGAAGGAAAAUGGUCAUUUGUUGCAGCCUCCAGUGAACAAUUAUUGUCUUCACAGAGGAGGUUUUACAGUUAUGAUUGUGGGUGGCCCUAACGAGCGCACUGACUAUCACGUAAAUCCUACGCCUGAAUGGUUCCACCAGAAGAAAGGACAUAUGACGUUACGGGUAGUUGAUGAUUCCCUAGAAGGACCCCAAAGGUUCAAAGAUGUCACCAUCCAGGAAGGUGAUUCGUACUUGCUGCCCGCCAACGUGCCACAUAAUCCUGUCCGAUACGCCAAUACCGUUGGGAUUGUUGUGGAACAAGACAGGCCUGAGGGAAAACACGAUAUGCUAAGGUGGUAUUGUUCUAACUGCCACGCGGUAGUGUGCCAAUUUGAAUUCCAGAUGUUGGAUUUGGGCUCUCAGGUUAAGGAAGGGAUUCUCAAGUUUGACAGUAGCAUAGAACACAGAAUUUGCAAAAACUGCGGAACGGAAAACUUUUCUCGGCCCCAAGAGACUAAGAAAUGA